CCUCCCUCUUCCUCCUUCUCAUCUUUCCCCUUUCUCUUUCUCUUUCUUGCUCACUCACUCUGUGUCUGCAAAUUGUUGAUGUGAUUCUCUCCACUACUAGCUAGCUGAGUAUUAUCUCCAAAAAAACAAAAACCCCAUCAACCUUUACAAAAGAGAUAAAAGAAUUAAAGGGCGCCACAAGACUACAAGAUAUAGAUCAUCACCAUGGUUUUUUCCUCCAUUCCAGCUUAUCUAGAUCCAGCCAACUGGCAACAACAACCAAGUCCUCAUCAUCAUCACCAUCACUUAUUAUCCGGAAGCAGUAGCAAUAACAACAACAACAUCAACAACUCUCAGCUCCAUUCUCUUCCACCUCCCCCGCCACCACUUCCUUCAAACCCUGGCGGUGGUGGCAGUGGACCUGGAGGUGCGGGCUCGAUCAGGCCUGGUUCCAUGGCUGAUCGAGCUCGCAUGGCUAACAUCCCCAUGCCUGAGCCAGCACUCAAAUGCCCGCGCUGUGAGUCCACCAACACCAAGUUUUGCUACUUUAACAACUACAGCCUCACGCAGCCCCGUCACUUCUGCAAGACCUGCCGACGCUACUGGACACGUGGUGGUGCACUGAGGAACGUCCCAGUUGGAGGCGGCUGCAGGAGAAACAAAAGAAGCAGCAAAGGAGGAGGAAGUAGCCGGUCUAAAUCCCCCGUCAGCAGCUCGGACCGCCCCACCGGUUCUGCUAGCUCAUCCGGUCAGGCAAUUCCCUCCAACAGUUCAACUGGAACUGUUGAUAUGAUAGCAGCCGGGUUGAGCCCUCAAAUUCCACCACUGCGUUUCAUCAACCCUUUCACUGACCAUCACUUCGGCGCCAGUGAGAAUCUCGGCAUGAACUACGGCGUGAACUACGGCGGUGGCGGAAUAGGGGACUUGGGCUUUCAGAUAGGGAGCGGUUUAGGUGGAGGAAUCACUAGUAAUCCUACCGGAUCGCUUUUCGAGCAGCAAUGGAGGUAUCAGCAGCAAACGCCGUCGUUUCCUUUCUUGAGUGGAGGUUUGGAUCCUCCUCCUGGUUUGUUUGAGGGCGGUGGAGUUGAGUUUCCGGGAUAUAAUCAAGUGCGGCCGAGGCUACUAUCAUCCGGUAGCAGGGUUGGGGUUCCUUCGCAAAUGGCUUCGGUGAAGACGGAAGAUCCUCACAAUCAGAAUCAUCAGCAACAAGAGAUGAACCUGUCGAGGCAGCUAUUGGGGAUUCAAGGAGGGAAUGAUAGUCAGUACUGGAUGAACUCCGGUGGGAAUGGGAAUGGUACUUCAACAACUGCGUGGACAGAUCUUUCCGGUUUUAGCUCUACUUCCACUGCCACCAAUCAUCCUCUAUAAUUAUAGUCUGAGGUUUUCUCGAUUCCUUGUGUGUUGCAGCUUCCAAUAUUAGCUCUAGAAAUUAACUCUAAACAAAAUUAAUGGUACUUCCACAUCCGACUCGUAGAAAGAGUACUAAGAAAUGUGAGAAUGGGGGAUGGGUUGAUGAUUUCAUCUUCAUGAUCAAUUAGAAACCCUAGAAAUGGUAGGUUUUUCAGUUAUUUUCAUUUGCAGCUUUGCUUCUACUACGCAAACUUGUUUUGUUUUUCUUUUCAUUCUCUUUUCUUUCUGAAUUUAGUUUCAAAAGGCCUUGUAUGAGCUUAAUUAGCUAGCACGGUCGCAAUACUAGUGAGUGUAUGAGUUUAUGGAAUCGAUUUGAAUGAGAAUAUCAAAUGUUUAACACAAGUAGCUAGUACUAUUCCAUGUGUUUGAUCAUGUGCUACCUGAUUCUCUGAUGAA